CACCAGUCUAUGACCAUGUAGAUCUGGACGAUCUGUCUGGGGACGCAGAAAUACCGAUCCCACGUUCACGACUGGUCUGAUAGCGAUGAUCGACAGAGGCAGCUUCCUCAUCCCGGAUAACCUGCCUUUGCCCCUCACCCUUCUUUUCGCGAUUUUUCUCUGUUACUGGGUCUGCAAUGUCACCCAAUUCGAGCCUCCUCGGCUCGAAAAGCCAAAAAUAAGGGUCUGUGCAGGUCAGGAUCGGAGCAAGCGGAGAUCGCCGAAUCAUCAGCUCGGAUGGCGCUGGCUUCGCCGUGACGAUACCGGGCUAGCAUUGAUUUGGCAGGUCCUGUGAAUCGAUUGGGGCUCCAAUAACAACCUGUCAAAUGUGUCUUAGUGGGUUCUGACUAGAGAUUCCUGGAAAUUAUCCUGGGGCAAUCCUUUCUCUGAAUCAUGGCGGG